CUUCAUCAUCCCCAUCCAUCAUUGAUCCUCUCUUUCGAUCCUUUCCAUCUGAAAACACCCAGUCUUUCCUUCAAGAUGCUCUCUUUCAAAUUCAUACUCCUACUCUUCUUUGGUCUGUUUAUGCAGACUGUCCUGGCCACCUCUUAUGGCCUUGUUUCCGAUGUUGUUACUCCUGGUGACGACGAUAAAGCGUCCCAGGCCCCUGGAAAUGGAUUUGUCACUGCUGUUUCUGACUUGGGUGAUGAUACCUCUGACAACGGUCUCGUUGAGGUGACUACUGGUAUCUCUGACAACAGUCUCGAUGAGAUGACUACUAGUACCUCCUCUGCCGAUACUUUCCCGAAUCGCAAGCCUAGCGUCCGGGUGUAUUGCUACUGUGAAACCCCCGGCAAGAAGUGCAGCUGUGGGCGUGACGCGCUGGCUUCCAGGGACGUGAUCGAGGCUGACGUAGAGGAUGCUGUCGUUGAUGAGGGUACGGUUACUGAUGUCGGUGUUGAUGGUGCUGAUAUCUCUGAUGCUGGCUCCUCUGAUGCGGCCGUCUCUGACAAUGUCCGCUCUUACGACGCUUCUGAAGACAUCGACUCAUCCGACGAAGACACGUCACCCAUCAGCAUCCUCUCGAACAAAGGCAAACAGCAAUGCCACGGCAAGUGCACCAAGUGCCUCGGCAACUGCAAGGACAAGUACCAGUGCCUGUGCAAGGGACGCGAUGUCGUCGCCCGUUGUGGAUGCGAGAGACUCGGGGAGAAGUGCCAGUGCAAGGGGCCGUGGCGUGCGGUUCGGGACGUUACCUCAGUCAACAGCACUACGGCCGAUGAAAUGGAGAGCGCUACACCUGCCGCGGAUGAAGCUGCAGACGAUGUCGACGAUGCAGCAGCCCCAGUCCCCGGUGUUUCUCUCAUCAGCGACAGCGAGCUCAUGGAGUCCAAACCUACGACCUGCCACGGGGUGAUGUGCUCCAAGGACGGCAAAUGCCACUGCAAGCAUGGGCCCUACAACAUCGUCUGCCCCUGCCACCGACUUGGUGCUCCCUGCUACUGCAAGAACUGGCGCCGCGAUGAUGGUCUUUCUGAGAAUGUCGACGCGGCUGUGGCAGAGACAGUCGAUACCACCACCACCCCUGCGACUCCGGUGGCUGAUGACAACACCCCCACCCCCACCCCCGAAGACGAAGAUGCGGAAGCGUCCUCACAACCUGGUUUCUCGCACGCCGUGAACGAUGAAUUCUCCACCCUCCAGCGAACCUGCUACGGCACCUGCAGCCGCAAGCACAAAUGCAACUGCCGCGGCAAGACCUGUCGCUGCCAGAUCCCCGGCGAGAGCUGCAAAUGCGUCUUCCCCUUCCUGCCCCCGCGGGAUCUUGAAUCCAUCCCCACAUUCCCCGGUGACGAGGCCGAGGCCGAGGCGGAGGUAGAUGAUACGGUCAUCGAAAACACCGCUACCUCAUCGACUGAGGACUCCACCACCGAAAUCAACCCCCAGGACGACAGCCCCCUCAACCCCGAGGAAGACGCCACCGACACCGAAACCGCAACCUCCCUGGUGGGCAUCGAAACUGAAAACUCUCCGCUCGUCGCGCGUGGCGAGGGGCAUCCGUAUUUUCCCUCGAUCGUCAGCGUCAGCGUCAGCGUCAGCGUCACCGUGGAAUUCAUCAUGUGUUUGCGUUGGACUCGAUACGGUACAAAAUUCUGGCGGGUUGGGAACGGUGUUGACUUUGGUGUCUGUCUGGACAAAGACAAAUCCGGGUGUUGUUGUUGA